AUGGACUGGGAAAUCUUCCAAGAUCUCGAGCAGAAAUACCGCGACAUCUAUGGCGCCGCGCCCAGGCUACAAAAUGGGGAUUACUUCGCCGAGAAGGGACAGCAGAGGAGACAGUUAAGGGCGUUUGAGUGGGUGACCAAGAUGACGGUGGCGCCGAGUCGGUGUGGGAAGAAGCUGGCGAUUUAUAGGAUGCAGGGGCAUCCGAUGAUUCCCGAUUUGAGUGGUGGGGAGGAUGUGAGGAGGGUGUUGGAGGAGCUGGAGGGGGAUAUUAGGAGGGAUGUUUUGGCGUUGUUGUUGCAGCUCGAGGGGAUGUUGGUGAGGACGUGA